AUGACAAAUGGUGCCAGUCUGAGCACGUUUUUUCGGGACUUUCUCCCAAAUGAUGUGACCGACGAGGAGGGAUCGAAGGGGUACAGAACGGAUGGAAAGAACCUGAUCCAAGAGUGGUCAGAAGUCCACGACGACAUGGGAGCUUCUUCGUAUGUGUGGAACCGAACUGGAUUGCUUACGGUGGACGUGGAGAACACCGACUAUCUGCUUGGACUGUUCGAAGCCAGUCACAUGAAGUACAAUUUGGAAGUUCAGCAGCAGAAUGCUCCGAGCAUGGAACCAACCCUUUUGGAGAUGACUGAGGUUGCAAUUAAGAUGCUUCAGAAGAGCGCCGAAGGGUAUGUACUGUUCGUGGAGGGCGGGUUGAUCGAUUUGGCGCAUCACGACACCAGAGCUCGCAUUGCUUUGGACGAGACGGCAGAGUUUUCUAUGGCAAUUGAACGCGCACGGAAGCUCACUAGCGAUGAAGAUACUUUGAUUGUGGUCAGCUCGGAUCAUAGUCACACUAUGACCUACAAUGGGUACACGAAACGAGGACAGGACAUCCUUGGCAUCGCGGACAUCAGUUAUCGUGACGGCCUUCCAUACACCACUUUGAGUUAUGCCAAUGGUCCCGGCUAUUCCGACACCUACAAGUCGGAUAACCUAGCGGAACGGGUUGACAUUUCCGGAUACGAUUUCACCGGAAUGAAUCAACGCUACCUGGCGACGGCACCGUUAAGUUCGGAAACUCAUGGUGCUGAAGACGUCAAUGUCUACACAUCAGGACCCCUGUCGCACAUCUUCGUCGGAAACUACGAACAGAGUACGUUGCCGCACCUGAUGGCCUAUGCCGCCGGGAUUGGGGAGUACUUCGUAGAGAAACCAUCGGGUGACGAUGGCGAUGAUAACGGUGCUGCAACGUCCACCACCGUAUCCCUACUAUUGCUGCUGUCUGUCGUAGUGGCAGCGAUGGUUCGAUUUUAGAUAAGACUCGUUAGUACAUUGUACCAUGUGAUAGUAGUCAAAGUGUUCAAUAAAAAAUUUAAAUA